GAAAGCAAUGGCUAUAUAACCUCUUCGCCUGUAACCUUCAAAAUCCUCAAGCUGUGAAUGUAUCACUGUCGCUCUCCCUCCCUGCCCUCCUCCCCACUUCUGUGAGUGUGAGUGUGUGAGAGAGAGUGUGUGUAUCCUCGUUUCCUCCCUUCGCGUUUGCAAUCUCUUUCUCAUGUGCCCACAAGGGCUCUCUCCCAGUCUCGUCUCCAGUUCCUUCUUCCAUCGCUAGUGCCUCCUCAGUCCACGCAAGCCUAAGUGAUUUGCUGCCUCUGGCAGCACUUGUGGGUUGUAGUGUUGAUCAAGGAAUCGGGGUGUCGUUUAAAUUGUACCAGGUAUCGCUGUUUUACAGUUAGCUCAGGACUGCUCCCUACCCUGGGUCGUGUUAAUGUCGGGUGGCUGAUUGCUCGCUGGGUGCGACGUUGUCUAUCCUCGCCAAGGAACACCACACCGUGUGAGUUGUGGGGAAAGGAGUGGGGUGGGGUGCAUCCUGGCGUGCUUUCAUCGCAGGUGUAAUCAAUCAGUCACCACGACGAAGUCUGUAGUCUCUGCAUGUGACAAUGGGAGCCAGCACUGGUAAAAAGUCCUGCGUCAAUUUUGUUCAAUACGAGAGUCCUCUCGGCUACGUGAUUGAAGACGUGCGCCCCCACGGUGGUAGCAAGAAGUACCGUAGUGCUGUGUACUCCAACUGUAUGCGGAAGCCUUCCUGAUAUUACCUACUGCAAAAUUACGCCGUCUUCAAUAGGUUAUUUGUAUUGUGAAAUUGUCUGAGCGACGCUGACUAAAAUACAGACCAGCUUUGGCCCGUUCCCGCUCGAGUAGACUGUCCUCCCUGCGCUGAAGAUACACUCUGCAGGGAGAUAUUGUAGAACUAAACUCGUGUACAAAACCGGCUAUCAAAUAUGGGAGCCACGGCGUGUGUGUCGGAGGUGGCGCCGGUAUGUGGCGCCUUGGGGACCAGCCCGGGGUUCGAAGGGUUCGAGAAGCGCCUGGAGAUCGAGUUCCAGCCCGCACCUGUGUUCAGGGACCCCAAUGGGCGCGGGCUGAGAGACUUGACGAGGUCGGAAUUGGAUAGCAUGCUGUGUGUGGCGGAGUGUACGAUCGUGGCGCAGCUGAGCAAUGCCGAGGUGGACUCGUACGUGCUGUCGGAAUCGAGCCUGUUCGUGUAUCCGCAGCGCAUCAUCAUCAAGACGUGCGGCACCACGAAGCUGCUGUGCAUCGUGCCGGUGCUGCUGGAGGUGGUGGCGCGGCUGGCGAUGAAGGUGAGGCGAGUGAAGUACACGCGCGGGACGUUCAUGUUUCCGGCGGUGCAGCCGUAUCCGCACGGGAGCUUCUCGGAGGAGGUGGGAUACCUGGAGAAGUACUUCGGGGGGAUUGGGAGCGGUGGCAGAGCGUACGUGAUGGGGAACCGGGGCAAGUUCCCGAAUUGGCACAUCUACACGGCGUGCGAGCAGAAUGCAGACGCGAGUGGGGGCGCGGGGAAGGAGGAGGAGGAGGAGGAGUGCGUGUAUACGGUGGAGAUGUGCAUGACGAAGCUGGGCAGGCGGUCGGCGGGGCAGUUCUGGAAGGGAGCGGGGCGGGAGAGCGGGGAGGAGAUGACGGCAGGCGCGAACAUCCAGAGCCUGCUGCCGGAGUCGCGGAUCUGCGACUUCGCGUUCGAGCCGUGCGGGUACUCGAUGAACGGGAUCGAGGGAGCGGCGCACUCGACGAUCCACGUGACGCCGGAGGAGGGGUUCAGCUACGCGAGCUUCGAGGCGAUGGGGUACAGGGGAGGACAGGUGGAGCUUGGGGCGCUGGUGGAGAGGGUGGUGGGAGUGUUCAAGCCCGCGGCGUUCGCGAUGAGCGUGGACGUGAGCGGGCUGGCGAGGGGGCAGGCGGGGUCGGAGUCGGAGUCGUGGGGUGCGUCGGCGUGCCCUCGCGGGUACGUGUGCAACGGGAGCAGCCGGCAGGAGCUGGCGAGCGGGAGCGCGGUGGUGUUCCACACGUUCCAGGAGGCGACGACGCUGGGGCGAGGGGCGGCGGUGACGCCUCUGGCUCUGGUGAGAGGAGCGUACAGCAAGAAGCGGAGUUCGAAGAAGAUGUCGAUAAAGGGGAUAAAGCUGAAGAAGGAGACGAGCGCGAGCGCAGUGUCAGUGAUGUAAAGCUUACUAUGGGUCUAAUGGUUUCGAAAGUUCGGUAGUAUCUCAUGGGCGAGGGGGAUUGUCGCUAUUUUUGGAAGCAUCAGAUGGAUUCAACUACUUUUGAAGCUGAUUUCUGCUCACGAAGCCGGACCCUGCAUUCAACAUUUUUUUAGGAUCACCUUUUAACGUGGGGCGCUCGUAUAAGCCUCCCAAGAUUCGGAAAAAGGAAGUCGGGCAUUUGUGGGCCUUUUUGGAUAGGCAGAAGGACUUGUGUUAUGUUGCUAGGUCAUCCGCUCGACUCUCAACAUUACAACAAUAUAGGUUUAGUUCAUCCUUCGUUAGGUUUACUGGAAGGCAAAGUGCAUGCUGUCUUUAGUGAUGGAUUGGCAUUUGCUGCAGUCUUGCAGUAAGUAGGAAGUAUGAGUAGCUGGAGUCAGUGGUGGAACUGGAUGUGCGUUUAUGAAAGAGGAAGUAUUAGUUCUCGAUUUAGCAUCGCUGAUACAUUGUACAUCAUUAUGUUGUAAACAAGGGCAUUUUGGACAAUUGCAUGUUGACAAGUCUUUCUGUAACACUGAUGUCGAGUUUCACUUCGACGUCUUUCAAAGCAUUUUUCUUUUUUGCAUAA